ACUCGCCACACUGCUCUCAAUACCAGCCAAGCCUUGCGACUCCCCCGACACUCUUGUCUGUCUCCGCAACCAUAUCCCAAUCCUCCACCCUCUGAUACCAUGAGCGCCCCCCUCGCCCAGCCCAAGCGCAAGUCCAAGCCUCUCCAGGAACGAGUCUGUUCCCGUUGCGGCACGACGAAAACCCCUCAGUGGAGAGCCGGCUCGCUUGGCCCCAACACCCUCUGCAACGCUUGCGGUGUCAAGUUCAAGGCCUCCAAGCGCUCUUCCACGGACCCGUCGCUGUCGCCUCCUCCGACGCCGUCUUUGCCCGUCGUCUUGCCUUCUCCUAUCCCGCCGACCUCGCCUUCGCCAUCGACUCUGUCCGUCGCUGCUGCUGCUGCUACUGCUGCUACUGCUACUGCCGCUCUGGUGCUCGAGUCGCCCAUGCCCACCUUCCCGGCACCGCCGCCUGCCUCCGAGUCGGCUCCAUCAGAGCCCAGGAAACAUGCCCAGGUUGCUCCCUCAAUGAAGCCCCUGAAGAAGCGCUUCGUGCCCUCGAGCAAACCCACCGAGGCUUCUCCACCCACUCCGUCCCCUCCCGUCCCCUUUGAGUCUCUCGUCUCCUCGAGCUGCUCGCCCGUCUCUCCCGCGCUACCGCAAUCCCCACCGCAGGCAUCCGAACUCUCGAUCCCGGUCGCUGCUCAGAUCCUGGUCAGCGCCGCGAGCUCACCCCCGCCGCUGGAUGUUGAUCCUCUGCUUGCGGCCCCGCCCACUCCAUCCAUCCCCUUCCCUGUGGCCCCAGAGGCCGUCGGCUCCAUGCAUGUCCCCGUCCCGAUCCUGCCCUCUCUCUCGUCCGAUCAGUUUGAUCUCCGCCCCCUCUUUCGCACUGUGGGCUCGCCUGUUUUGCCCAAGAGCGAACCCGGCAGCGAGUCCACGCCGUUCGGCGUUCCACCACCACCCAUCGGAAGCCCUUCUUCGAAGCGAUCGUACUCCGAACCGGCUGAGCGCCAGCGCAAGAAGCGCUCCCGCACCAGCAGAUCGCAAGCCUCGGCCGUCGAGCCAGCGGGCUCGUAUAUGGGGCUGCUGCCGUCUUCCGAAGACGUGGACGCCGAAUCUUGCUCUCCUUUCGACGACGAGUCGAGAUCGAGGCCAUACGUCCCGAGUCUGGUAUCGUGUGGCUCGUUCCCGACUGAUGCCGAUGCACGCUCGUCAGGGUCGCUGCUCGGCUACGACCGGGACGAUGACUCGGAGCAAGACACCAUCGCCAAGUUUUUCAUGGCCAUCCAGAGAAGGAAUGCCCGCCGCAAGAACGACUUUUCGGGUUUUCGGCCGUACUACUCUGGUUAAACCCCAGUCUCGGUCAAAAGAUCCAUCCCCUCGUUUGCUCGUGCAAACUGCAUCCGCAACCCUCCCCCUCCAACUACCAUCAUAUCCACCCAUCUUCCCCG